AUGGCAGCGGGGGUGCGCGGUUGGAGCCGGGGGGGACCGGUGGCCGGAGGCGGCGCAGAGGGGUCAACGGCGCGGCAACAACAAGCAACAUCAGAAGGCAGCAGCGGCCAAGUAGGGAGCGGCACGGGCGGGCGCUUGCGCGCGACGGCGCGGCCGGGGCGCGGUCACGGCGGACAGCUGGCGGGUACGGCGCGGGGAAGGGAGAAGGGAGUGGAGGCCGGAGGUGGCCUCACCGGCGUUGGAGAGAAGCGGGGCGGCGAGGCUCGGGGGCGACCGUUGUGGAGGAGGAUGGGGACGGGGCGUCGUCGCGGCGUCGGGGAGGCGGACGCAGCCGGCGAGGAGGAGGACGGGGACGCGGCGACGGCGGGGCAGCGUCAGGCGGCUUCGGGUCCUCGUGCGGCGGCAAUGUCGGGUCGCGCGAUGGUCGAGGCGGUGAAGAAGCUGCGGGGCGGAGGCGGCUGCCCUCGGGCGCGGGCGUGCUCGCCGGAGUAG